AUGGGGUCCAAGGCGGGCCCAGGAGAGAUGGGGGCCAUGAUAGGUAUCGUAGUCGCUGCGGCCAUUGUUCUCUUGGUUGCUCUUGUGCUGCUUGGUAGGUUGUUUGCGCGCCAAAGCGAUCGUCGAAAGCGAAAAAAGAUCGCGGAGGAGAUUCAAGCAAAUGAAGAACAAACGAAUUUUGAGUCGGCCUUGGAUGCUACUGGUCCAUCGGGAAAUAAUUUGACUCGAAGUGUUUGCAGUGUUCUUGCCUUCUACGGUGGUAACGAUGAUGUGGAGAGAGGACAGGUCAUUCGAGAACUUUCAAUGGCUAAGGUCAGGACAUCUUCAGAGAGCAAGCAUCAUUUUCGAAUAGCAGUCCGGGAUUCGUGGCCGCUGGCAAAUAUCCCAAUGUCACUGCUACCAGGACAACAAUUGACAAUGACUUUAAAUCAAGUUGCUCCUCCUGGUUAUGUAGUACAGCCAGAUUCGAAAUGGCCUAGAAGGAAUUCUUCACGAUCUUCGAGGUCAUCAAAAAAUUCCAGCAUCAAAGUAGCUGUCCACUCGCCCGAGCGAUCAUUCCCCCAACUAUCUUCUUCGCCUAUCAAAUCCCUAUCUAAGAGACGCAGAAAUCAACGUCGAUCAACUUCGGAAACUCAACUGACCAGAAUACUCAGAUCAACUUCGCAGCGCUUGGAGGCAGCACAAAAGCAGACACUCACUAGAACUUUAACCACCUUUUCGAAAUUCCCUGGUUCACCCCCUAAGGACCCAUUACCAACCCCACCACUCAAGAACCAGAAUGAGAGUUCUGAGGUUCUUAUCGGGACGAGUUUUUUUGAGUCGCCAGGAAGUUCGGUGUAUGAAGCUUACAUGGCAAGAACUCCAUCGACCGGGAAAGCAGAUGAAAAACAUGUUUCCGACAAGAGGGACAAAUCUGCAACUUCUUCCGUUGUGUCAGACGAUAGCUUGUGUGAAAUGGCUGCACCGGAUUUGGUUAUUCCCGGUCUGCUAACAUCACCAAGUAAACAAAGUAAGACGGCGCCACAGAAGGAAGCGACCACAGGAGAUAUAUCGAUUGCGGAGGACGAUCCCAAAAAGGAGGCUGUUGUAGUCGCACAAAAGUACCGCAUGAUAAUCUCCAAUUUCGACACAACAUCGAUGCAAAACAAAAAAAGUCGUGUAUCCACAACAGCAUUUGGCAAGCAUCGUUCGUUCCAGAACAUCAAUUCCGAACCACAUCGCAUUUCAUUAGCUGGCGAUCCUUUUUAUUCGCAAGUGAAGAGUUCGAAGCCCGUUUUUCCCAAAACAGAUCUACAGGGUCCAAGACCGCUUUACGUUCGAAAGGCAACAUUUGGCCAGGAAGCUACCACAGAAAGGCCUCCUAGUUAUACAUCACCGCUACGUGAUAUUUCAGGAAAUGCUCAGGGUCCUUUGAAAGCGCUAGAACAGCAAUCAUUGCCUUCGCCCAACGACGCUGACCGAAAUCCUUUCCAGUGGUCACCUCAGGAAGCAAUGCAAGAACGACCGAGGCAGUCAAGCCCCAAGAGGAAUGGAUCAAAGAGAAAGGGCCAUAAAAGAUCCAAUGUUAUUAGAAUGUCCAAUUUGUCAUCCAGGCCGCAAAGUGUUUUGAGUGUGGACGUGGUUCCCGAAGAACCAGAAGAAGAUCCAUCAAUUUUGGAAUUCAAUAUACCAAAAACGGCUCCCCUUCGAUUGAUAUCUCCAAGCAAGAGUCCAAGUCCUUCACCGUCCACUGUCUCUCGAAGGCUCAGCGGCAGACCGCCAUCCAUCCCAACUUUCAAUCCCAUGCUCACAAUCCCGGAUCUCACGACUCCACUGUCGAAGGAAGAUAACUCGGAUGCAGAGAACAAUUCUCCCACGGCAUCGUCUCCCACACUUUCUGUGUCUAGUUUCUAUCUGAGGGACUCUGUUGGUGCAAAAGGGGGUUUUGCCGGAAUUAAAGAGUCCGCAAAAUUUCAUCGAACAAACCAAUACCAUGGUCGUAAUCAUUCUGUUUCUGAGCGACCACCGGAUAUUCCACCCCGAGCUAAGAACCAUCGAUACUCUGUAGAUGCAGUUCUUCGAUCCCCUGAUCCUCAAAAGCUGACAUCCUUUCCCCCGCCCGUUUUGUCUCCCAAACUCACAUCUCCCAAAAUUGCACUCCCACGACCACCAUCGAACAUUAUUGUCUCCCCUUCUUCUCUCAGCGCAUCUUCGCCCACACUUCUUGCUCCGCCGCUCCUCACCAUACCGAUUCCAGGACAUCUCACAGGACCUCGCAAUCAGCCAAAUAAGUCGGGGUCACAAUCACCCCCCCGAGAUUCGCUUGCCAUGUCAAUAUGCAUGCUUCGGCGUAUGAAGUCCGAGGUCUCCCACUACAGCAACGGAGGUAGUGAUACCAGCCCAGGCCUUAGUCCCGAACUUCCAUUCCCUCGAAAAGUUGCUUCAGUCUCAUAUAGUCCCAGCGUCAAAGAAUCCAGCGACAUUUCCCGCGCUCGAUCCAGAGGAUCAAAACACUACCUCUCCCUUUGUCCCACCGAACAUCGUCGAGGGCGAGCGACAAUUGGUCAUUCUGGUUCCAUGAAGCGUAGUUCUCAUCCUCUUGGUAUCAGAGGCGCCAGAGAUUCUCAAGACAUGUUCAACGACUAUAGUAGGAGGAGAAUGCACAAUACCGAUUUUACUGAAGUAGAGCUCAAGACCGUCAGAGAAGCCGCAUCUCCACCCAUGUCCUCCAACUCGCCUAACGCUUUGAACUUCCAAUUCCCAGUCCUCACAAGAGAUGGAUCGAUGGAAGACGAGGAGACGCCAUCGAAGAGUAAACGUUGGAGCGAUGCGAUGCCUAAACCGGCUGUUAAUGCCGUGAGGAGGGAGAGUCAGAUGGAGUAUCCUAGUCCGAAGACGCCGCCUAUUAUCAAGUGGAACAGCGAGGAUUUCGCUGUUGAGUUAGAUGCAAAGAGUCCCAGUGUUGGAACUCGACUUACGGGGGAUGGAAGGGGUAAUGGGCGGGAAGGCAAAAGAAAGGGAAGACCGGAGAGUUUGGGGUUGUAUGAUGAGGAUGGGUUUUUGAGGAGUUCGCCUUUCAAGAUCGUGGAGAGUCCUGGGGGUAAUUAG